AUGAAGACCUCAAGCAGGAGGACGCGCGCCACAUUGCGGGACACGGCCAUACUGCUACAGACAUGCGACUACGGCCAUGCUUUGAUGCAAUUUGAUAAAAAGGCAGAGUCACGUCUCCGCCUGAAGAUCGAUUUGUACAUCAUCCCGACCGUGGCCCUUCUCUAUCUGUUCUGCUUCAUCGACCGUGCCAAUAUCGGAAACGCUCGUCUAGCGGGCCUCGAAAAGGACCUUGGACUCAGUGGUUACGACUACAAUACCGUUCUCUCCGUGUUCUACGUCAGCUACAUCAUUUUCGAGAUUCCGUCCAAUAUCUGCUGUAAAUGGAUCGGCCCGGGAUGGUUCAUCCCUAUCAUCUCCCUAUGCUUUGGUAUCGUAUCGAUUGGCACGGCUUUUGUUCACAACAUUAGUGCAAUCUGUGGCGUACGCUUCCUGCUAGGUAUCUUUGAAGCUGGUAUGCUACCAGGCAUCGCGUACUACAUGUCCCGGUGGUAUAGACGAUCUGAGCUUGCGUUCAGACUGUCGCUGUACAUUGUCAUGGCUCCUCUAGCUGGCGCUUUCGGGGGCUUGUUGGCUUCAGCGAUUCUCACCCUCGAUUCCUUCGGCUCGCUCACACGCUGGAGAAUGAUCUUCGCUAUCGAGGGCAUUGUCACAUGCUGCUUGGCCCUCAUCUCCUUCAUUACGCUUACGGAUCGUCCGGAGACUGCGCGCUGGUUGACGCCAGAAGAGAAGGACUUGGCUAUUGCUCGUGUCAAGUCUGAACGAGUCGGCCAAAACGAGGUUUUGGAUAAGCUAGACAGGAAGAAGACGCUUCGUGGUAUCUUCAAUCCUGUAGUACUGGCGACGUCCUUCAUCUUCCUCCUCGACAACAUCACGGUGCAGGGUCUGGCUUUCUUCGCGCCCACGAUUGUCAAGACGAUAUACCCGAAGGAUUCGGUUGUUUCGCAGCAACUUCACACCGUGCCACCAUACAUUGUCGGCGCUUUCUUUACGGUUCUCUUCCCCUUCCUGAGCUGGAGAUUCGACAGGCGCAUGAUCUUCUUCAUCCUGGGAGCACCGCUCAUGAUGAUCGGAUAUAUCAUGUUCUUAGCCAGUACUGAUGGACAAGUACGAUAUGGCGCUACCUUCCUUAUCGCAUCGGGAGCAUUCUCAUUUGGCGCCCUUUGCAACGCGCAGGGCUCGGCCAACGUCGUAUCCGACACGGCGCGUGCAUCAGCUAUCGGUACUGUUGUCAUGUUCGGCAACGUAGGCGGUCUAAUCUCGACCUGGAGCUUCCUACCAACGGAUGCGCCCAAUUACCCUAUUGGCAAUGGGCUCAACCUGGCGACUAGCAGUACGAUCCUGAUAUCGAGUAUCGUUUUGCUGCUCUGGAUGAACAGGAGCAACAAGCAGCGUGAGACCAUUGAUGUUGACCAGGAGUUGGCUGGCAAGUCGCAGGGAGAAAUUGAGGAUCUGGACUGGCGGCAUCCGUCAUUCAGGUGGAGACCGUAG